CCCAAUUGACUUAAUUCAACAUAUUCUUCUCCAACAUCUUUUCCCGACUAUGUCUCACCGCGCUUCUCAGCUGCUUUGCUAUCACUGCUACUGCCAGCUCCAGCUAUGAAUCUCGUCCGAAUUUCGUCCUCAUUCUGAGCGAUGAUCAGGACUUGCACCUCGCGUCUAUGGAUUAUAUGCCACUAGUCCAGAAGCACAUGGCCCGGGGUGGAACCUUCUACCGACAACACUACUGCACUAUCGCCGUUUGCUGCCCGUCUCGGGUGAGUCUUUUGACUGGCAGGAUGUCUCAUAACACCAAUGUUACGGAUGUAAACCCACCUUAUGGCGGCUACCCAAAAUUCGUUUCUCAAGGACUGAACGACAAUUAUCUCCCAGUCUGGUUGCAAAAGGAAGGAUACAAUACGUACUACGUCGGCAAGUUGAUGAACUCGCACUCGAUAAAUAAUUGGAACGAUCCUCUGCCGGGUGGAUGGACGGCGUCUGAUUUCCUUGUCGAUCCAGGGACCUACAACUACUGGAACGCGACUUUUCAGAAAAAUACAUCUCCGCCAGUCACCUACCCCGGCCAGUACAACACCGAUCUCGUGAAAGACCGAGCUCUAGGUCUGCUCGAGCAGGCGAGCAAGGAUUCGAAACCGUUUUUCCUCGGCGUCGCUCCUAUUGCACCUCAUGCUGGCUGGCCGGGUUCCGGGGCAUUUACUCAACCCAGUCCUGCCACCAGGCACAAGGAUCUGUUCCCUGAUGCGCGUGUUCCGAGAACGUACAACUUCAACCCGGAUGUGCCAAGCAUGGCAAGCUGGAUAUACCAACUGGAUCAACUAAACGACACAGUUGUCGAAUAUGGGGACGAAUUCUACCGCACUCGACUACAGUCGCUUCAAGCAAUAGAUGAACUUGUCGAUGGUGUUAUCUCGCGCUUGGAGCAAUACGGAAUCCUGGAUAACACGUACAUUAUAUACACCUCUGACAACGGGUUCCACAUCGGACAGCAUAGACUACAGGCGGGAAAGACGUGCGCCACCGAAGAGGAUAUCAACGUCCCAUUCUAUAUCCGAGGGCCUAGUACUGCAGCAGGGAGAGUCAUCGAUGUUGUUACGUCGCAUACUGACGUCGUGCCGACGCUGUUCGAUCUCGCGGGCAUCAAACAGAGAAGCGAGUUCGACGGGACGCCGAUUCCGGUCACUGACGGCGCGGUGGCCAAAGCGAUGAGCAAUCGGAAGCGUGACCAUGUUGGGGUGGAAUUUUGGGGCGUGGGCCUUGAGGAGGGGAAGUUUGCUGUGAGAGGCAAUGCUGCUGGUGGGAUGGCAUGGGCAAAUAAUACGUACAAAUCUUUACGCGUCAUUGGGGAUACGUAUAACUUGUCGUACACUGUCUGGUGCUCGAACGAGCACGAGCUCUACGAUAUGAACACCGACCCCGGCCAGAUGACCAACCUCGCGGCACCCACCCAAGCUUCGACCUAUCUCCUGGCGCGCCCCAUCGCGCAAACCCAAAACCGUCUUGACGCACUGCUCAUGGUGCUCAAAAGCUGCAGUGCUUCAUCCUGUACGGAUCCAUGGUCUGUGGUUCAUCCGAAGGGGGGUGUGGUGAACUUGCGCGAUGCGAUGGAUGCGAAAUACGAUGCGUUCUAUGAGAGCCAGCCGAAGGUGGCGUUCAGCAAGUGUGAGCCGGGGCAUAUUGUCUCUUCGGAGGGACCGCAAGAGGGUAUUGCAUAUGGGGGGAUGAAUAGUUGGCCACAGUGGACGUAAUUUGAUCUGGGAAAGUC